GUAAGUGUGUAUUGAAAGUCAGGGAAAAGACUACAAAUCCCAGCAAGCUCUGCGUCCGAGCGGAAGUUGGUCCGCGGCGACCUUGGCUGUCUGUGAGCGAGCAUGGCGAAUAAAGAGCCCAGCAAGUUUCUUCAGCUGCUGAGGGACAUUUCCAGUCGCAUGUCCUCGGGCUCAAAGGGCGCAGGGCUUGGAUUGAAGUUAUUGAUUGGUGCUGGUGCACUUGCCUAUGGAGUCAAGGAGGCCACAUAUACAGUGGAGGGUGGUCAGCGAGCGAUCGUCUUUAACAGAGUUGGUGGAAUGCAGAUGGACACGGUUCUGUCUGAGGGACUUCACUUCAGGAUACCAUGGAUUCAGUACCCUAUAAUAUAUGAUAUUAGGGCAAAACCACGAAAGAUUUCCUCUUUGACUGGAAGUAAAGAUCUUCAGAUGGUGAACAUUGCACUGCGUGUGUUGUCUCGACCUGUGGCCUCCAACCUUCCUUAUAUGUAUCAGCAUCUAGGGAAGGACUAUGAUGAACGUGUAUUGCCCUCUAUUGUUAAUGAGGUCCUGAAGAGUGUAGUGGCCAAAUUCAAUGCGUCCCAGCUCCUUACACAAAGAGCUCAGGUUUCUUUGCUGAUUCGUCGGGAACUGUUUGAACGAGCUAAAGAUUUCAACAUCAUUCUCGAUGAUGUGGCCAUUACAGAGUUGAGCUUCAGUAGAGAGUAUACAGCUGCUGUGGAGGCCAAACAAGUUGCCCAGCAGGAGGCCCAGAGAGCUCAGUUCUUUGUUGAGAAAGCCAAACAAGAACAGAAGCAGAAGAUUAUCCAGGCUGAAGGAGAAGCUGAAGCAGCUAAAAUGUUAGGAGAGGCGGUAACAAAAAAUCCUGGAUAUCUAAAACUCAGAAGGAUCCGAGCAGCUCAAAAUAUCGCCAAAACGGUUGCAGCCUCCCAGAACAAAGUGUACCUGAAUGCAGAUAGUCUAGUAAUGAACCUUCAGGAUGACUCUUUUAACAACUUGUCACUUGGAAAGAAGUAACUUGUUCAUAGAGUGCUCUCCUUCUGUGUGUGUGAGGGUCUGUUCACAGAACUGCUCUGUCCAUGUUCUUAAGGUGCCAGUUUCUGAUUAUACUUCAGAAAGGCUUACCAACACAGGAAAGAUCCUGAAUGGCUGUUGUAUAUUUCUAGUAGUAACCCUGAUUGAUUCUGCUCACACAUUUGUCAAGUUCACUUUGUCAAUGCAUUCGCUAUUCAAUCUUAUGUUCUUUUCAUUCAGAUGAAGUAUGCUGCUGUACAUAAAAACAGACUGGUUGUAGAUUCUAUGCGACAUUCAGAUCUGUUAUGGAAAUCUUUAUUUAAUUAUAUCCCUUCAUUUUGGCUGAUUGUUACUGUUGGCAUGAAAGGUGAUUUCUCUUUUAGUGAUAAUUGAUGAGAACAAGACAGACAGAAAAAAUGAAUAAUCCAUCCAUGAAUGACCAAUAGCUUUUUUCAGAGCUGCUAUGGCACAUCAGGUGGUGUUUGUGACUUAGCUGUGGAAGGAUUGCAAAAUAAAGCCUUUUCUAUUUCAAAA